CCUUUCCUGCUGCCUCUCAGCAGAGGAUGUGUCUGGGAGAGAGAGUGUGUGUGAGGUUGAAGAGGAAAGCCGUCAGUAGAAUGGAUAUGUGCCCUCUCUCCACGCGUUCUCCUCUUCCUCCUCCUUUUUUUCUGUCUCAUCUCUGUCCUUCUUCACCCUCCUUUGCCAGCCUUGCCCCCCGUACACCUUCAGAACCGGUCCCCAGGGAAACAGAGACUCGUGGGGUGGACGCGGAGCUGAAAACUCAACUUCAAUGUCUGCAGGGGAUCAGAAGAAUGGCCGGGACAAACCAGAAGGCUCGCUGCCAGUGGCUGAGAUAUGGCCGGAGGUGGAGCGGGCCGAGUGUCUGGCCCGGGGUGCGGCCCUGAAGUGGGCGUCAGGUGUGUUCUGUCGGCCGGAGCAUCUGGAGCGGCUGAGCCAGUACAGGAAGAGAGAGAGUCAGAGGACUGCCUCCAUACACACCAGACUCAAGUCCAUGGUGCAGUCGUACCUGGAGGGGGUGGGCUGGGGUCUGGAGCAGCUCCGGGAGGCCCGGGUGGAGCUGAAGGAGGUGUCACAGGCCCUGAAGAGAGCAGGACUGGAGUCAGAUGGAAACACAGCGGGGGUAAAGUCUCUGGAGAGGAUGAGAGAAGUGUCUGUCAGCCACCGUCAGCUCCUCGCUGCUGUCAGCAACCUGCCGCGACUCUACUCUGUGCAUAGCAUGGUGAUGGAGACGGAGCGUCUGGUGGAGUCCCGGCGGCUCCUGGAGGCCCACGCCCGGCUGAUGGAUCUGGAGCGCUGGCAGGACGACAUCCUGUGGCAGCUGUACGGGGCUGCUGGGACGGCAGGAAGCGCCCUCAGCUCAGAGGAGCAGGAGCUGGUGGGCAGAUACUUCUCUGGAGUCGGGCAGCUGGUGGACGCCCUGGGCAAGGAGCUGUGGGCGGUGGUGAGCAGCGCUCUGGCUCUGGCCCGACAAAACCCCACACCAUUCGUAUCAGCGGUGAGGAUAGUGGAGCGGGAGGAGGCCCUGGACCGAGCUUUACUGGAAGAGAGGGGGGGUGCCAAAGGACACUCCAGGCCCUUGCCCCCCGGACGACCCCGCUGCUGGAGAGCCAGCUUCUUCCAGGUUCUAGAGGAGGCGGUCUCUGCCAGGUUCCGCAGUGUCUCCUACCUGCACACUCGGGGCCCCGGGCUCGCAGGUCACCUGUCUGCUCUCCAACAUGGCAUCAUGGCUGACCUGGCCACAGUGCGCCACCUGCUGGAGCACUGUGUGCCCUCCCACUACGAGCUAACAGCAGCCUACCUGAGGGCCAGCCACGACUGCCUACAUGCUCACCUGACACAGGUUAGCAGCUGGGACCUGGAGAGUGGAGAAAUCUUUGCCGUGCUGAACUGGGUGCUCCACACCUACAACAGCCCAGACAUGAUGGGUCACCCGGAGCUGGAGGCUGAGAUGGAGAAGGUGGAACUGGGACCCCUGAUCUCCACCGAGGGACUGGAGCAGCUGCAGAACAAAUACGUGCAGAGUGUUCGAAAGAGUGUGUCCGAGUGGAUGCACAAAGCCCUGCAGGUGGAGCUGCAGGACUGGCAGAGGGACCAGGAGCCGGACACAGACCAUGAAGGCUUCUACCACACCAGCCUGCCCACCAUCAUCACACAGAUGCUGGAGGAGAACGCCCGGGUGGCUCUGAUGAUCGGGAAGUCUCUCAGAGAUCAGACAAUACAGAUGGGCCUGUAUGAGAUGGAGAACCUCCUCAACAGGUUUCGAGAAGCUCUGGUGGAGUUUGGGAAGGAGCAUCGGAGGGAUCCAAGCAAAGACAAAAACAAGUUCUACCUCCACUAUCUGCUGGCCUCCAUCAGCAACUGCAUUAUCCUCAAGAAGUCCACAGUAAGCCUGCAGCAGUCGUCCCGGUCCACAGGACAGUUCUCUCGGACUCCCCCUAACCCCCUGGCAGCUCUGGACCGGGCAGUGCGGCGGGCCUGCCGCCUGGUGAUGGAUCAGCUGUUGCUGGCUCUGCAGCCCCUGCUCCCAGGUCUGAUGACCCGAACCUGGCUGGCCCAGGGAGACCCCACCCCCAAACUCUGCAGCAUCCUGGAGCUUCACCUGGAGCUGUACGGCCGUGUGCGGCCCCCCUGCAGAGAGCGCCUACAGGAGGAGGCGCAGUGGCUGCUGGUGGUGGAGUACGUGCGGGCUUUGAUGCAGAAGAAGCUGGUGUGUCGCAGCGCUGAGGAGAGGAGGCAGCUCGCCCAGCAGAUGGUUCAGGACGAUCAGCAUUUCAGAGACAUCCUCCACGGCCUGGACGGAGAAGGCUCAGUUCCUGAAGUGAACCCUCUCGCCUUACUGCCCGUCCUGGCUGACUUCAUCAGACUGAAAGACCCCAACAUGCUGACUCUGGAGGUCUCUGGACUGGCAGCCAAAUACCCCGACAUCAGUGAAGAGCAUGUGAGUGUGCUGCUGGAUGUCCGUGGUGAUGUCUCCAGGGACGUCAGAGGGGCCGUACUGGACCUGUUGGAGCAGAGUGCCCCACCUCUCCCUGCAGGGUAUCGGCCCAUCUUUACUGACAUCCUGGUGCCUCCCUCCAUCAUGGCCUUUUGUCUGCCUACAGCCAAGUGUGCAUGACGUUAACUCAGACUGCCCCGAUGGACUCCUUCUGACUACAGCCAGCAGGAGCAAACAGCUGGCUCCUCCUGCUGAGUCAUGUUGCUCAGUGUCUGAGUCUGCCACUUGGUAUUCAUCGAGGGAGCAUCCACCCACACCACUCCCACUGGGAGCUGCACAGUUCCUCCAUCACUCUCUUCUUUUGUCACUGGAGUACAGGGAGGGUUCAGGGUCCUAAGGGCAAUAUGUGUUGAGUGAGGGUAGUGACUAGGGUGAACAGGUGUCCCGCUUUGAGGGACUUCACAGCAUUUUGAUCAUUUGUCCUAGACAUUUAGCCGAUGUCCCGCAUUAGAUUGACAGUUGUCCAUUUCAAACUUGGUUUUUAUCCAAAGGUGUUUAGAAAACACGAGAGGGCUUUCACCAUUAGCUGUGUCAGAUGUGUUGCUAUGGAGGGCAACUCCCAGAGAGUUUUUGUGAGCUUCAGCAGAAUUUCUUUUCAAUUGCGCACAUAAGUGAAUACGUUUUGAAGCGAUACUUCCCCGAAACUCACAAGAAACGCCAGGAUAGACAUUGUUUCAAUCCAAACUAGCUCCUAGCAACGCAGUAACAUGUCCAGCACCGUCCCGUACAAAGGUACUCUUUGUCAUACAUAUGGCUUGUUGGCCCCUGGUCACCCCAGUAGUGACACAUUUUCUUUUCCUUCCCCUACAAUUGACCAAAGACUAAACCUGGUUACUCUCUGGUCCUUGUCUGACUUUUCAGAAUGUGUGAGCCACUACAGCGGACCAGAGUGAUGCGGUGAAGUAUUUUUGUAGGGCAUCCCGCAUCGCAAGCACUCCCUUGCCAAAAAGCAAUGAGUAUUUCUUUAUUGGAUAUAGGAUAAUUGCAGAAAGUAAGAUAUGUGGCAAACACAGACUAGGUUAUAAACGAACUACAUGACUUCAGCCAUGCUAAGCUGAACGCGGCUAAUGCUUGGCGUUAUGACGUUAAGCAGUCUUAUUUAGACACUUGCUUCUGAUUAUUCAGGUGGGUAUUUACGUAGUAUUUCAUAUCAUAAAAAAAACUUGCGCUUGUGUUAUCCACAGAUCUUAUUUCAGGCUUCUAACAACAAACACAUUAAAGAAAAUGUUGAAGGAACCGGAUGUUGUAAUUUAUUUUCACCUUUUAGGAUUCCUGCACCACUCUAGCGGUUACAUGGUAAAAUAAUAUCUUCUGCUCUGAUUUACAGUACCUGAACAAGAAGCGUUUACUCAGAAACCCUGGAACAUGCUGUCAGUAACUUCUCAUAGCUUCAUCACACGUCUCCAUGUAUGCCAACUUGGCUGAGGCGUGAUGAAGUUACACAGAUGAUGCAACCUUACAGGCUCAGCUCACUGAACACAUUGAGAGUACAUUUGAGCUGCAGAUACAAAAGAAACUCAGCCCACAAAACUGUUCGCAUGGCCACAUAUUACUGCUGAAAGUGUGUCUUCGAAAAGCCAUAUCAGUUGACAUCCAUCACAACCAAGUAGCACGAUAGAGAUUAUCAAUAAGAAAUGUGUGGCACUUCCUGAAUCCUUUCGACCAAUCAUUGAAAACACUGCCAGACAGCUCUAGAAGCUGUCAGAUAUUCAGGGUGGACUCGUAUAUAUUCUUUCCGAAUGUAUUCAAAUGUAAAGACUGAGGCUUCCUGCCAAAGAAAUUGGAUUUGUGGUGUAUUUGGUAAAAAGCCAAACAGUGGUCACAAUAUGACAAACUAAAAAGUGUUUGUUGACGUUUGUUACAGAUGAACGCGAUGUAUCAGUUAUACUGUUAGAAUAUAAAGAGUGUUUUAUCUAAGGGUCACACCAGUGCAGUCUGCAACUUUUCAGUGAGGACUGCAAACUAAUCUUCCCUGAGCAACUUGGGCUACUAAUUCAUUACUUUUACAUAACGAUCAAUCUUCCAUGAUACUGUCUUGUGUAUUGUAUUUGUCCAAUUUUAACUUGUUCAUAUUGGGUUUUUUAUUUCACAUUUUGGAAUGUAUUUAUUGUAUUUAUGUAUUAUUUUCCCGCUGUUCCCUUUUGAACAGUGUUUCCUGUUACUUCUAAAGAUAUUUCCCUUGUUCUGGUUACAUGUCAGAAGCCCAUUGUAAACUGUAAAAUGCUUAAAUAAAUGUUUUUAA